AUGCAGAUCUCUCAGCUUCUUCUCGCAGCUGGCCUCUUCGCCUCCUCUAUCUUUGCUGCCCCUGUUGCCAACUCUGACUGGACCAUUCGCGAGAUGAAGCGCGUCUGCAACAGCGAAAACACCUCGUGCACCUGGACAUUUGGCAUCGACUCUGGCUCAGGCAUUACCGAUUGUACCUAUGUCGUGGAGGCCGACGAUGCCUCUCACGCUAACGGAGGCCCUAGUACAUGUGGCGCAUACUCCGUCAGCUCAGGCUGGAGCGGCCAGUUUGAUCCUACCAACGGCUUCACUACCUUUUCUGUUGUCAACGACGAGACUAGUCAGCAGAUAUGGCCUGCCUACGCCGACUCGCAGCUUGUCGACGGGGUGGUCGUCAAGCCCGACCAGAGCUACCCUCCCACUGCUCUUCCCUGA